AGAAGGCGCCAGAAUUCUACACAGCAAGCUGGAUGGAAAUGGGAUUGGCUGGAAAUGGGAUGGAUGAGAGGCUAAGUCCCCUUCACCCCAUGCCUUGGUGCUAUCACUGUGCUCCCCUGAGGUGCAUUCAGCCGUGGUUAGGGAGACACUGCCCACCACGGCUACCAGGAGCCCACUCUGUGAAGAGGGUGGGACGGAGAGGUGGGCGUGUAAUCAAGAGUGGCCUUGUGAGCUGAAUCCUUUCCAAAAGAUGUCCACCACAUAUGAUGGCCCGUUCCUGCAAUAGCAUGACUGAGACUAGGGAGGGAUAACUCCAGGUGCUAAAACAAAAUUUGGGAUUAGACCAGAAGCAGGCAGCCCAUAAAGCUCACAAGUUUCUACUGCCAAAUAGUCAAGCUUCCAACUACGGUCUUUCCUCCCCCACGCUGCCUACUGCUUUCUUUAAGACAGUGUGGUUUGCCCCACCCCAUCCCUCUAAGAAACUGACUGAGCUCCCGAGCUUCUUCAAAUCGAAUCACCAAAACCAUACCUUGUGAGCUUUUAUUACGCCUGAUGGAAAACUCAAGUAAGAGGAAGUAGGAAGGGGAAUGCCGCCUCUGUGGCAGACUUUAAAGUACAAUUGAGCAAUUAGUUCUCGAGCUACCCAAACGAGAACAUCUCAGGCGUGGGUCCUCCUACUUGGACUUUUCAACACAAGAGGAGAAGAGAAUUGUUCUUCAGCGAGCAGAAGCCAUGGAUCAAAUGAAGUGGAGAACACUACCCUCCAGGUGCUCAUACCUCAAGCUCUUUCAGUCUUUGGUGCUGGCUGGUCUUUUUCACUUCGCUUCAGGCAUCAUCACCCACGUGACCAAGCCGGUGAAUGAUAUGAUGAAACUAUCCUGUGGUUACAACAUCUCCACGGAUGAACUGAUAAGAGUUCGUAUCUAUUGGCAAAAAAAUAAUGAUAUGGUUCUGAGUGUCAUAUCCGGAAAGGAGAAAUCGUGGCCCGCGUACAAGAACCGCACCACAGUGAACAUCAUCAGCAACCCUUUCAUUAUGAUCCUGGGUCUGCGUCCGUCAGACGAGGGCCUGUACUCCUGUGUCAUUCAGAAGCCUGAAAAAAAGGGAACUUACAAGUUGGCACACUUGACUAAGGUGAUGUUAUCGGUCACAGCUGACUUUCAUGUCCCAAAUAUAACUGAGCUUGGAAACCCAGCUACAAACAUCAAAAGAAUAAUUUGUUCAACCUCUGGAGGUUUUCCAAAGCCUCACCUCUCCUGGUUGGAAAAGGGAAAAGAAUUAAAUGCCAUCAGCACAACAGUUUUCCAAGACCUUCAAACUGAGCUCUACACUAUUAGCAGUGAACUGGACUUCAAUGUGACAAACAACCACAACUUCACAUGUCUGGUCAAGUAUGGAAACUUAACAGUAUCACAGAUCUUCAACUGGCAAAAAUCUCAGCCAGCACCCUUUCCUUUUAAUCAGUCCUGGCUCUGGAUCUUAAUCCCAGUUGGGAUUUUUGUGAUCUUUGUUAUUGCAGUAUUUUAUUGGCAGCUGUGCAACAGACCUGCUGCAAGAUGUAGAGAGAGAAGAAGGAAUAGGGAGAGUAUCGAAAUGAAAACAAGCUCCUUUAUCGUCUAAGGAUUUAGAGAAGCAUCAGGCUGAACAGGAAAUGUGAAGGAAACAGCUCAUUGGAUAGAAGAAUCUUCAGUGGACGUGGUAUCAUGGAAGCCAAGAAAAGAUAGAGUUUCAAGACGGUGGAAUUAGCUCUGACUAGGUGGCUCAGUUGGUUGUGUUGUAGGCAGGUGGACAGACAAAGCAGAGCAAAGACGAUAGACCAUGUACAGAAGGUCACCAGGGUGGAAAGUCCCAGGUGCCUAGCAAAGGGCAAUUGUAGGGUGGGACUUAGCCCCCAGGGUGACUUCUCCUCUCCUGGCAUAUCACUGGUCAUGCAGUUUGGACCCCUUAACCUUUCCUCUCUAGAGAUAAGAUCUAGGCCUCAGUUGUAUUUCAGCUCCAGGCCAGAAAAGCAACAAAACAAACCUCAGGACCAGCUGCACUGAAUGACCCCCUGCCAUGGUGAAGACAACCAAUCUGUGGACACCUAGACCCUGAAAGAACACACGAGGAAAACUGCUGCAUAUUCUGUUAUCUUCCCCUGGGACCUCCCCUAAA